AAAAAUAAAUAAAUAAAAUAAAAAUUAAUAGUGCUUGUAGCUUGAUACGUCAAUAAAUAAAGGAGAGUAUGUGGUUAUUGUUUUCAUAGAUUUUGGAUAAAUAUCGAGAUUACAGACAGUAGUUUUUAUUUUAUUGACCGCAAUCUCUGACGAUGUCUAUUUUUUUUUUUUUCUUUUUAAUCAUCAAGUGUCAAAAGAUGCUGAAAGUAGCCGACAUCUGAGAAUUUUAGUGUUUUUAAUUACCAAGUUAAUUGUCAACAGAAAGUUUUUUAAAAAAUAUACACAAUAAAAUUGUUGAAAAUUCUUCACAUGGAUUUUUAAAAAUUUUCGCUUGUCAGUAUUUUCAAGGCACACUUGCUCGCUAAAAAUGAAUUUGUGAAAUUCACUGCUAAUCAGUGGACAGUCACCAUUUCUCCAGCUUUAAGUAUACCACUAAUUCAAACAGUGUUAUACUUGUAGCUAACUCCCAGUGCAUAUUCACUGAUUCGUAGUCAAUUUCACUAAUUAAUUUUUAGAGAGUGGCUUUAUGACAUCUAUUAGAUAUCAGUUUUGAGGCCUAUCAAUAAGGCACCAAAAUGAUGAGUGCGAAUGUUGCAGACAUCAGACGAAUUAAAAAUGAUUAAUAAAUAGAGUAGAUAAUUAAUAAAAUAAAAUCGACGCUGAAAAUUUUUUUUUAAGUAAAUCAUAAAAAAAGAAUAUUUAAAGUACAUGCACAUAAAAGAAACAAAUUUGUUUUUUGUUCUUUUAAAUCACAAAGUGCCAAAUAAUGCUGAGAGAAGCGGACAUUUGACAGUUUUAUUGACUUCAAUUACCAAAUGUAGUAUAUUAAUAAUAUGGACAAUGAGUUCAAUGAGUUUCUUCCCGGGUGAGGCCUUUAGUAUUUCGUCAGCGUCAAGUAACGCAACUUCUUACGUUUCAGAAUAUUAUUUUUCAUUGUUAAUAUUCAUGACUAAAUAAACCUGCGAUGGCUGGUACAAUAGAAAUGAAACCUUGGGGUAAUUUUGAGGGAAAAGAAGUAAAAUUAUUUACAUUAAAAAAUAAUAACGGACAGGAAGUUGAUGUUUUAAAUUACGGAGCUACGAUAAGAGCUGUGAGAACACCCGAUAAAGGUGGGCGUAUCAGUGACGUUGUUUUAGGUUUCGAUGAUAUUAAUGGAUAUCUUGGAAAAGACAAUCCGUAUUUUGGAGCCACGGUAGGCCGCGUUGCUAAUCGCAUUGGAAAAGGUAAAUUUAAAAUAGACGGUGUUGAAUUUUCUGUAUCAAAAAAUAUCGGCGAGAAUACUUUACACGGCGGAUUCAAAGGAUGGAAUUCCAUGAUAUGGGAAUCGGUUAUCAGAAAUGACUCACUGGUUAUGAGUUUACUGAGCAAAGAUAAUGAUGAAGGUUUUCCUGGAGACGUCAUAGCAACGACGAUAUUCAAAUUCUCAGAUGACGGUUCAUUGACGAUUGAAAUGAAAGCCUGUGCUACCAAAGCUACACCAAUUAAUUUAACUAAUCACAGUUAUUUCAAUUUAGCCGGCCAUGAUACGAACUCAGCAGAACUUUAUAAACAUUCGAUAAUGGUGAAUGCAGAUCGGUGGACAGUAACAGACGCCGACAGCAUUCCAACGGGUGAAAUAAGACCCGUAGAAAAUAGUAUAAUGGACCUAAGAUCACCUACAGUGCUUGGUGAUGUCAUUAACCAAGUACCCGGCGGUGGGUAUGAUUACAACUUCUGUCUUACUGAUGACUUUGGUAAAAAACCAAAGACUAAAGAACGUCUAGUUGCCAAAGUCGUACAUCCAGAGUCGGGCAGAGUCUUGGAAACUUUUUCCAAUCAACCCGGGGUUCAAUUGUACACCAGUAAUUUUAUUCCGGAUAAAAAUACCAGUGGUAUUGUUGGCAAGGAGGGGAAAACUUACUUCAAACAUGCGGCUUUGUGUCUUGAGACUCAAAAUUAUCCUGACGCUGUCAAUCAUGAAAACUUUCCUGACAGUAUUCUUAGACCUGGUGACAUCUACAAUCACGUUGUCGUCUACAAAUUUACCGUUGAGAAAUAAAUGAGUUUAUAAAUCAAUUAUUAGUAUUAUUGAUAAAAUAAAGUUAUAAACUUUCAUACCA